UAUUUAUAACCUACAAUUUAACUGUCAAGAAUUAUUAAAUAAAUGGAUAAAAGUGGUUUUAUUUGAAUGCUAAUGAAAAUAUUUUCUUUUCCAAACCAAUUUUGAUAUGAAAUUAUGGCUGGAUUUUUCAUUGGAGUUUGGGAGAUAAGUGAAUACAGUGAAAUUCGCACAAGUCAGAACGAAUGUCUUUCUAUAAAAGGGGUAACAUUUAAACUAGACGAUUCUGGAGAUGUAACUUGGACUGUUCCAGAAGAACUUAACCCAGUGCCCCUUUUUAGCUGUGAAACAUUUGAAGUUCAUAAAAGUUAUGACAAUCUUAUACUAUGUUUUGGAGUAUAUUCAGGACAUAUAAUUGAAUUUAGUUGUGAAUGGAAUGAAGUUAAAGAUGAAAUGACUCUUACAUGUCAAAAUUGGGGUGUACUGCUUAAAUGUAAACGAAUAGCAGAUGAAUCUAUUGAUCACUUUCCAAAGUUUCCCUUCUCUUUAUUGCCGGCUUUAGAAGAUGGUUAUUUUUCUGAUAUGAUCAUAGUUGCAUCUAAUAAAAAAGAGUUUAAGGUACAUUCCAUUGUAUUAAAAUUGUUUGGAAAAGACUUAAGUUGGGAUACAGUUCCAAUUCCAUUUAGUGGACUCCCUGAAGAUGUUUUGGGAACGAUAUUGCAUUUCUUUUAUGCAGAAUGUUUGCCAUAUUCAGUGAGCGAAGCAACAAUUCAAAAAGUUAUUGAUGUCAGUAAACAGUACCCUUGCCUUAGCAAACUUGUGUCAAUGUGUGAACUGUAUUUGAAAAAUAUGGCUCUAAAAGGGCAAAUAAUAAGCCUGGUGAAUGACAUGCAUCAAAGCAUAAAUCAAAUGAUUGGACAUUUCAGUGCAUGCCAUGGUUCAACUGACAAUAUUACCUCAAACGCGUCAAAAUUAUGUUUUAUGGUGAAACAGUCAAUAAGGGAUGCAGCUGUUGCGGCAGUGAAGUUGCUCUUACUUUGUGAUCUUUUUACAAAACGAAAAGGAGAAUUGUCUAAGGAAGAGCGUCAUGAAAUCAUUCAAUACGCAAAGUCACGGUUACCUAUAUUUAUGUCUCAAUUACAAAACUUUUUACAUAUUGUUAAGUCUACCUUCAACGGUAUGACGUCAACCCAGCGACACGAAAUUGCUGCUUACAUUGUACCUGAGGUUGAAGUGAUAUUGGAUACUAUUUCAUCUGUCGUGGUAGAAAUUGAAAAGGCUUUACAACAAAUAUUACAAGUGAUUUCGCCUCAAGAUGAACCAAAGAAACGUUCGGGAGUAGAUUUGCUUUUACUGGGCAGAUCCUUAAAAAACGUUUUACAUAUUCGGGAAUUAAAUAAAAUAAAAGACGUUUACGAGUACGUUACUUUUGGUAUAAGUCUAUUAUUACACAAAAAAGAAACGUUUAAAGAAUUGUCUCAGUCGCAAAAAGUACGAUCUGUGGCACGAAAUCUAGAGCAAGUUUUUGAAGAGUUACCUUUCUUUCUUUUGCGUUUAGAGGAAAUUUCAGUAAUGCUUGAUGACAAAUUAGAUUGGAAAGAAUUUAAAUUCUGUUUUAAAGUCGGCACCAGCAAAGUGGCCGGCGUCCUUCAGAGGCUAGUAGCGCAUCGCGAAAUGAUGCAAGAUGUUAUGGUGCAAUUGUGCGAUUUAAUUCAGAGGGAUGCUUUUAUUCAAUCUUUGCAAAUUUUAGGCUUGUUGGACAAUAACAAGGAAAGUGCUAGCAGUGAUAACUGUCAGAAACCAUUGAACUCCCCAAGUCAAACACAAAAUUCUCAAGGAUGCAUGCUCAAUCUGGUGGAAUCUUUAUGUGUUCCUCCUCCACCUUCCGAAAGUGACCUUUCAAAACUCGCUGCCAAAUUAAUGGAUGACGAAGAUAGUACUGAUAUGGAGUUUAAAGUAAUAGUUUGCGCAAAUGCCCAGGACGUCAGCGAAAAAGAAUCUGGUGUGCCUGAUCAAAAUGUUUGCACUUUAAAGGCUCAUCGAGUAAUAGUGGCAGCUCGAUGUGAUUGGUUCAGAAGGGCUCUGUUGUCGGGUAUGAAGGAAGCCAUUGAUAAAAAAAUACACAUAUACGACACUAAUGAUUUCCUAUUUAAAAUUUUCUUGGAGUAUUUGUACAGUGGCAGACUGAAACAGUCCCUUUCUACAGACCAGUUGUGCGAAUUGUUGCUAUUAAGUGACAGAUACGAGUGUGAUUCUUUAAAACAAAUGUGUGAAAGCGCCUUAGAAACGAACAUAGAUGAAGAUUCAGUUAUAUACUUGUUAAGUGUUGCCGAUCAGUACAACGCUAACAAUUUGAAGAAAGCAUGCCUGUUCUUCAUAUUUCAACAUAACGAUUUGACGGAAAGCGAAGUUUUUUAUGAACUGCCCGUGUCCUUGCAGGCGGAAGUUUUCGAUUGCGUGUGGACGCAAACGCCAAAGAAAAACGUUACAGGCUAUAAUUACAAAUACUGCGAGUCCGAACCCGAUUUUGCCGAUUUCGUAAAUGAGGGCACAUGUUCUCGAAUGGACAAUUUUGUUGCUCAGUUACGAGAUAUUUGUGGCGACGUCGUUAGUACCGAUAAAUUAGUCGAAAUAGCCCUGGCUGCUGAUUUCGACAUCAGUAGAGCUGUGAAUUACGUCUUUUCCAGUACCGAGGAUUAAUUAAUAAUUUCCCGUAGUAUUUAUUAUUACUGUAUCAUUAUUCCUAUCCGUUUAUUCAAUGCAUGGGAUGUAUAGAAUACGCAACUAAUUGCUAUUAUUACUAUUAUUAUUAAUAUUAAUUAGAGUAAUUAUUAUUUUCAAUAAUGUAAGAUUUUAAUUAAUAUCUAGUUGUUGAAUGCGUUAUUUACAUACAAAUACCAUCUGUAUAUAUUACUUAUUCGGUUAUUUUCAUUUUGUGAUCUCUGUAAAGUAUUAUCUCUGGACUCUUCGGUUGUACUUUUCUUUUUUACUUUUCUUUAUUUGCGGCCUUAUUUAAAAAUAAAAUUUUUCCUUAAUAAUUUUUCGUAUUUUGACAUGUAAAAAUAUUAAUUUAAAAUAUCAGUAUAUUGUAUUCAAAGUGUAUUCAGAAUGUUACCUAGUAAACUUUAACCAAAAGUUACUUUCACGCAAUAUAACCCAUUAUUCUUUUUGGCAGCAGUUCAUUACAGCAUUAUUUACUUUAAUUUACUCUGCAAUGCUUCUUCCUUAUUAAUGCAUAUUUUAACAAUUUGACUAUGUAGCUUUAUAAAGUAAAUAAGUUGCCCUUUUCUUA